GAACAUCGAGACAUCGUUGUCAUCCUCGACGCCCCCUCCCAAUCCCAUCUGCCAUCAACACUACCACUUGAUCAAAGCGCUCCUCCUCCUUGCCAGCCGGAUACCGGAUCGAGCGUCAAGCAAAGCAAAGCCACGCCACGGCACGCCACGCCUCGCCACGCCUCGCCUCGCCACUUCGCCUGCGAUCCAUUGCGACGUGGCUACUGAAGCUACUCGGCAGCAACUGAUUUCCAAUUCUACGCGCCCCUCUCGUUGAUAACAUGGAUGCGAUACUCGACUUCAGUCAGGACCUCGACUUGGGGCUUCUGGACCGAGUCGUCGCAGCCAUGUUCACGGGAGCAGGUAACGACCAAAAGAUGGCGCAGCAGGUGCUGGCUCAGUUCCAGGAGCAUCCAGAUGCCUGGCAACGAGUUCCCGCCAUCCUGCAGCAGUCAUCCAACCCUCAGACAAAGUACAUUGCCCUGCAGAUCCUAGACAAGCUCAUUCAAACGAGGUGGAAGGUCCUGCCAGAGGAGCAGCAGCAGGGCAUCCGCAACUUCAUCGUCGACAUGAUCCUCAAGACGUCGUCCGAGGAGGCGGCGCUGAGGAGAGAGAGGACCUACCUCAACAAGCUCAACACGACCUUGAUACAGAUUCUCAAGCAAGAGUGGCCUCACAAGUGGCCCACCUUCAUCUCGGAGGUCGUCUCGUCGAGUAGGACGUCUUUGUCCAUCUGCGAGAACAACAUGGUCAUCUUGCGUCUGCUGUCAGAAGAGAUCUUUGACUAUUCGGCGGAGCAGAUGACCCACGCUAAGACCAAGAACCUCAAGAAUCAAAUGUGCGGCGAGUUCGCAGAGGUCUUCCAGCUCUGCUCAGAAGUCCUCGAAAAGGCACAGAAGCCCAGCCUCAUUCGCGCUACCCUCGAGACGAUGCUGCGCUUCCUCAAUUGGAUCCCACUAGGCUACAUCUUCGAGACUCCCGUUAUCGACCACCUCAUCAAUCGUUUCCUCGAGGUGCCAGAUUUCCGCAACGUCACUCUCAAAUGCCUCUCCGAAAUCGCCAACCUCAGUGUAGGGGCCGAAUACGACUCCAAGUUUGUCGUCCUGUUCAACAUGGUCAUGACAUCCAUCAACAGGAUGAUUCCUCCAAGCACCAACUUCGCAGGCGCGUACGAGACGUCGUCGGACGCAGACCAGGAGCUCGUCCUCAACCUGGCUCUUUUCCUCUGCAACUUCCUCAACCAGCAUCUGCCCCUUGUCGAGAAUGAACAGAACAAGGAGGUGCUUCUCAACGCCCACCUCUACCUCAUCAAGGUCUCUCAGGUCCCAGAGCGCGAAGUCUUCAAGAUUUGCCUCGAGUACUGGUCCAAGCUCGUCACUGGCCUCUACGAGGAGGUCCAGUCGAUACCCAUGGCGGGCAUGGAUCCAUUACUCGGGCUCAGUCUAGGCAACGGACACGCUCCUCAACACUUGCGCAAGAACAUCUACGCCGAGAUUUUGAGCAACCUGCGCUUGGUCAUGAUCGAGAGGAUGGUCAAGCCGGAGGAGGUCCUCAUCGUCGAGAAUGACGAGGGAGAAAUUGUUCGCGAGUUCAUGAAGGAGAGCGACACGAUUGUCCUCUACAAGAGCAUGCGCGAGGUCUUGGUUUACUUGACGCACCUGGACGUCAAUGAUACCGAGACGAUUAUGACGGACAAGCUGUCGCGGCAGGUCGAUGGCUCGGAGUGGUCGUGGAACAACCUGAAUACGCUGUGUUGGGCAAUUGGGUCGAUUUCCGGGGCGAUGAGCGAGGAGACUGAGAAGAGAUUCUUGGUCACAGUCAUCAAGGACUUGCUCGGCCUGUGCGAGAUGAAGCGAGGCAAGGACAACAAAGCCGUCGUCGCUUCCAACAUCAUGUACAUCGUCGGCCAAUACCCACGCUUUCUCAAGGCGCAUUGGAAGUUCCUCAAAACCGUCGUCAACAAGAACUUCGAGUUCAUGCACGAGACGCACGAAGGAGUCCAGGACAUGGCGUGUGAUACGUUCAUCAAGAUUGCUCAGAAGUGUCGUCGCCACUUCGUGAUGCAGCAAUCGGGCGAGCAGGAGCCCUUUAUCGAUGAGAUCCUGCGCACCCUCCAUCGCAUCACCGUCGAUCUCUCACCGCAGCAGGUUCACACCUUCUACGAGGCCGUCGGCUACAUGAUCGCCGCCCAGCCGAACAAGGCGGUGCAGGAGCGCUUGAUCGCCAAGUUGAUGGAGCUGCCCAACAGCGCGUGGGACUCGCUCAUGCAGCAAGCCCACUCCAACGUCGACGUGCUGGGCAACCCGGAAAAUAUCAAGAUCCUCGCUAACGUCCUCAAGACGAAUGUGUCGGCGUGCACGUCGGUGGGAUCCUUUUUCAUGCCGCAGAUUGCGCGCAUCUACCUCGACAUGCUUGCGCUCUACCGCACCGUGAGCGGGUUGAUCAGCUCGAAGGUCGAGGCAGAGGGCGAGAUUGCGACGAAGACAGUAUUGGUGCGUGGGCUGAGGACCAUCAAGAAGGACAUUCUCCGGCUCGUUGAGACCUACGUCAAGCGCGCGGAGGAUUUGGAGUCGGUCAAUCGCGAGCUUGUCCCUUCGCUCCUCGAGGCUAUCCUCGGCGACUAUGCACGCAACGUUCCGGCGGCGAGGGACGCGGAGGUGCUCAAUGUCGUCGCCACGAUCACUACGCGUCUUGGUCGCCUUCUCACGGACAAGGUCGCCCCCAUCCUCGACGCCGUCUUUACGCCCACGCUCGACAUGAUUAAGAUGGAUCAUCUCAACUUCCCCGAGCACCGCGUCGCAUUUUACAAGAUGCUGCGCGCCAUCAACGCCAACUGCUUCCCUGCGCUCUUGGAGCUCCCGCCUACGCAGUUCAAGCUGUACGUCGAUGCGGUCAUGUGGGCCAUCAAGCACACGAUGACGAGCGUCUCCGACACUGGGCUAGCGAUCCUCUUGGAGCUGGUCAACAACUUGGGUAUGCAGGACUCCAACGUGCUCAACUCGUUUGCACAAGCGUACCUGCUAAGCAUUGUGCAGGACCUCCUCGCGACGAUCACCGACGCUGACCACAAGUCGGGCUUCAAGACGCAGUCGGCGUUGCUCGCUAAGCUGUUUGAGCUCGUCGAGGCAGGCAAGGUGACCGCACCCCUCUGGGACGCCAACGAGACGACGGACGCAGGCAUGAACAAUCCGCUCUUCAUUCGUCAGCACGUCUCCGGCCUGCUGAAGAAUGCCUUCCCCAACGUGACGACUGGGUACGUAGAGUCUUUCACCAACGGUCUCUGCCAGCAGUCCUCAGACCUCAAUGCCUACAAGAUUCUUCUGCGCGACUUCCUCAUCACCAGUCGCGAGGAGGACGGUGGCAAUCAGGGCGCCGCAGCCAGUGCGGGUGAACAGGCAGAACAAAACCAGGACCUCUUCCAGGACGAGCGCGAGGCUGAGCAGGCAAGGAAGAGGGAAGAGGAACUGCAGAGGGCCAAGGCUGUGCCCGGCUUGAUGAAGCCCAGUGAGAUCGACGAGGAGCUUUGACUGGAGCGUGGCGGCGGUCGGAGAUUGAGGGUGGUUGAAGAGGAGGAGGAGGAGAUGUGGAAAGAGCUACUGGGAGGAUGAGGAAGGCGG